CAGCAGCCCUUCCGGACUUGGGGACGCUCAGCUGGUGACCUCUCCUGUCCCGCGGAGGAAAACAGAUGGAAACUUUUUAUAUAGCCAAGGCACACGGGGAAGUGGGCAAAAGAAAGCUUUGAUUUCCUCGUGGCCUCACACAGAGAAAGGCGACACUGAGAAAUGAGUGUGUGUGUCUGGGGCACGCGUAUGCACACAUGUACACAUUUCUAUAGGGGGUGUGCGCGUGUCAGGAGGGCAGUAAUUCAUCCGGAUUAAGUCACUUCCUUCACACAUGCAUAGUGUACUAAAAAUAUCAUAUGCUUUACUAACACCCUUUGUUCCAGGACCCCCUGGAAGCACGUUUAAAGCACAUCUAACGAACUGAAUUAAUUACUUUGGGGUGUUUUUUUUUCCCAAAUGCCAAAUUAAAAAGAGUUUUUGAUAUGAAAUAAUGUAAAAACAAUGUAAUGUCUGGUAUUACAAGGAUGACUAUGGAUUUGAAAGUGUUUUCAAGGGUCCUUUCAAACUCCCCUCUUCUAAUAGGACACAUUUUCUUUUCUUAAAAAAAAAUGCUACUUAAACUGCACAAGCAGAAGCAUAAACCGGUGAAAUGCAGCCACCUCUGGGGUGCAACAUAUGAAAGCGUUGUUUUCAGCAGAGCGCUGAAGAGUUUGCUGAAUCCCCAUUGACUUCUAUGGGAUUGAAGCAUGUGCUUAGCCGGGGUCGUGCUGCUUCCUGACAGCGGGUCUUGAGCACAUAGCGAACGAUUUAAUAAUAAUAGUGAAAUAAAACCUGCUACGGAUCUUGCCCUGCUCGGUCUGGCAUUUGCAAUUUGGCAUUUCCUCUAUCACUGCCUUCGGUGCUUUGGCAGCUCAGCCCAGCCACUGGUUUCCUAGUUUAACUAGUCUCUCUCAUGUGGUACUGAUUAAGUCAUAAAAGUUAAUUAUUAAUGGCUAAACCAUUCCCCCUGAAUUUAAACCUUCCAGUGUGUCCUGUUGUAUUUUAACUCAGAUUAUGUUUGCCCUGCAGCCAGGGAUGAUAAAUGUAACUAUAGAAACUACGGUGGGCAACUACACGGGAAGGUUGUUCCUCUCAGACCCAUAUUUUUCUCUGCAUAAUAAAAGCCUGAGCAUGCAGAAGAGAGGUGAUUAUACAGGGGUGCGGGGAACGUCAGGCUUUCUCCUUUGUCCACCACAGGCUUUAAAACUGGAAGUUAAAAUGUCAGGGAGAAAUAUUCCUGGGUAAGGUAAUGGGGAAGGAGAGGCCGGCUCCAGCCCGUAUAGAUGGGUGUGCGCCGAGUGCAGCGUGCCUCAUAAAAAUAUCAACUCUGCAUGUAUGGGCGUAGGCGUCUCUGAAUUGGCAGAUAAGCAGGGAAAUGGAGGUCUGCAUUUCAUGCCGGGUUCAAAGCCAGUUUUGGAGCCGGACCAGGAAACCCUCGUGCUCCCACCGCCCCGCUGAGCUCGGUGCAACAUGCUGCGCGUGUGAAGCCUGCAAAAUGGGGAGAGGCUGGAUGAGGGCGUAGCUCGCGUCGGGCACCUAACCUUUACAGUGGACUUUCGGCUAUUUAUACCCUUAUGACGGCGCGUGGCAAUGAUUGGUUUGUGCAACCCAUGGCCCUUGUUAUGUCGGUGGUUACCUUUUCCCUUGCUGGAGGCAGGGUGGUGUCCCCUGCGCGUGGUCGGUGGGCUGUGCUAGUCACGCCGCCUGUGCAUUGGUUUGGGAGCUGGGCACAGGUUGCUCUACUCUGCCUCCGACACCCAUUUUGCAACAGAAGCUGAAGGCGAUUCCACCCCUUGGGCAGCGAACCACGUUGACACAAGUCUUGUGGGUCUCGGUGGUCAGCCACGGAUGCCGGCGUGGAGAGAGGAUGGGCAAAACCCGCGUGCAAAAGUCCCUGUGUCAGCGCUGCUGAUGCCUCUCUUGGCUUCUUCAAGUGCUUUGCUUGCCUGCGACGGCUUCACGGUCAUGUCUUACCAAAGUGGGGACCGUCCUGUCUCCAUCAUUCGACACACAAGCCCGGGGCCUUGGCAGUAGGCGCUGGGUGAAGAGGUAGGGAGGUGGAAGCGAAGACAACCUCAGCCUGAGUCACCGAUGAAGGAUUAGCUGGAGCCGGUCUCCAGGGCGGUGGAGGCGGAAAGCAUUCAGAGCCAUAGCCGGUGCUGGCUGGCCGGACCACGAUGCUGAGCUUGAAGUUGCCAAGGCUGCUCAACAUUAAUCAAGUGCCCAAAGUGUUUCGCGAGCAGGGCAUCGUGUUCGGGUACCGCCAUCCCAGAAGCUCAGCCGCAGAUUGUCUCCUCAGUGUCUUCCAAAUGACAAAUGAAACCCUAAAUAUCUGGACUCAUUUUGUGCCUGCCUGCUACUUCCUAGGGAAGCUGCUUGCCUUGUUAUAUGCGCUGGAUCUCUGCAACGACGUGUACGCUUGGCCCCUUCUUGCCUACAUGAGCACCUGCUGCAUUUACCCCUUCAUGUCCAGCUGUGCCCACACGUUCAGUACGAUGUCCACCCAGGCCAGACACAUCUGUUACUUCUUUGAUUACGGCAGCCUCAGCAUCUACAGCCUGGGUUCUGCGGUUGCUUAUUCAGCAUACGUUUUCCCAGAGGAAUGGGUCGACGGCACUUUCCAUCGCUGUUACGUACCCACUGCUGUGUUCAACGCGGUUCUUAGCACCGGUCUCUCCUGCUAUUCCAGGCUCGGUGCUCCGUACCACCACUAUAACAGCGACAUCCUAGAAAGGUUCCCAGAGCUGGAGCAGCCCAGGUUCAGCAAAGUCCUUCGCACGCUGGCAUUCGUGUAUCCCUACCUGUUUGACAGCAUCCCGCUUUUCUACAGGCUGUACCUGUGUGCAGAAGACAGCUGUGCAGAAGGCGUGAUCCCCAUCCACAUCCAACACGUGGUAUUCGCCUUCCUCACCUGCUUCAUCUUCACUACACAUCUGCCGGAGAGACUUGCACCAGGGCACUUUGAUUAUAUCGGACACAGCCACCAGGUCUUCCACGUAUGUGGAAUCGCUGGCACGUACUUCCAAAUGGAGGCCAUCAUGAUGGACAUGGCUUCACGACAUGAGCGGCUUCGAGCUUCCUUCCCGCUUCCUACCCUCUCUCAGACAGUUGGUUUGAUUGGCGUCUGUCUUGUCAUUAACCUCAUCAUCAUUGGGGCUUUCUCAAAGGCACUGUAUUCAACUCCAGAGUCCUCCAAGAGAGAAAAAACCACGUAGACUCUUGAUUACACUCCUGCAGAUGAAAGGGAAUCAAGUCAUACUAGUAUCAUGUCAUGUAAGGUGGCAAGAUAUUGGUGUAUGUUCUCUGGAAAAUCCUUAUUUAAGGGUUUUCAGGAAUGAGUUGCUUUGUAUUACACCGUCUUUGUACACAUGACUCCAAAGUUGGGAAGAAAUCGGGAGCAUGUUUUUAAGUCAAGUCGAUAUUUGAGCUCAAAAAGGAUACAGAAUGAUUUUUAAAACUUACUGCAAAAGGGAGAAAUAUGUUCCUGUUUUGCAGUCUAGUCUAGGGAGGGCAGGUUUAGUCAAAACAAGGAAACUCAUGGCAGGAAUAUUAUACCGGCUCACAGCCACAUAUGGUUGGUUGUGUUUGACUGCUUUGCUGAACUUGCACGUAGCAGUGGGUAAUGCCAGUGGCAGUUCACAGCCAGAAGCAUCUUUAAACCGUAAAAUGUAAUACACGGGCUGAAUUUCUGCUGAAAUCAGUGGGCAUUUUGCCUUUGUUUUUUAUUACGGCCAGGAUUUCAACCCACCCUUGAAAUGUCUCUGGGACUGGACCUUCCACUCACGGUAUAAGGAGAUGAUCCCCCAGUCUAGCAGAUCUCAUUGGGGCGGGGCGGGGUUUCCCUGUUGCUCAGCUUGAAUAUCCUCAGACCUGUUCCCCUCUGGUCAAGGGCCUGAUCUCGAGCUCACAACAACCUGUGGAAGUUUCCUGUUGGGUACAAUGAACUUUCCAUCUGGCCCUUUUCUUCAUUUGACAUCAGUGGUUGCCUCCGAUGAAUGAUCGUGUGAAUGAGAGGACAAUCAAACCACUGUUGCUCCCAAUUCAUUGAUCCUCGCCAGGUGCUGGUGUAGCGAGGACAAGUGGGUAAGGCUUGGCAUCCCACUUCAUCAAACCAGUCCUGGGUUGCUGACUGCUUGGAGACAUUACAGCCUAGUAUAACUUAAAGCAGCCAGAUAGAUGGCUGUUCUAGCCAUCUCCAAGGGGGUUGACCUGGGGAGGUGGGCUAGGAUCAGGGAAGCCUUAAGGCACCCUCUAUCCACUGCUCCCCAGCCUCACAACCUAAAUUCCAACCCCAAUCCUUUGCUGGUGUAGAUCAGUAUAGCCUCACUGAUGCCAAUCACAUUAGCCAGUGUAGGUCAGUGUAGUUCUGUUCAAGAGAAUGGAUCCGGCUCUUUUCUGUGAUAAUACCAAAAAGAAUUUAAAAAAAAAUCUUUUACUAAUGUUUUUACACCAAAAUAAUAUCUACAAGAUUAAAAACUUACAGUUCUAUGCACUCGCCUUGCACUAAACCCAAGUGCUUAACAACCAGGUGCCUUAACGAAGGGACUUGAGUCCUUGCUUGCAGUUGGACAUUUAUCAAAGUAGCUAUUCUGGAAUAAUUCUCCCUAUUGACGCUCAUUCCAGGAUAUCCACUUUGGCAAACUUCCACAUGGGAGGUAAGGGCUAAGAAGGCUCACUUUGUAACUUUCUCUGGAGUUUACACUGUGAAGACUGUAUUGGGAUUAUUUUCACAGAUGCCAUUGGUGGUACCGAACAUGAACGGAGAAAUCACCUAUGCCAAAGAAGUGACUGGAGUUCUUGUCACAGAGUGAGCUCUGUCUGCAGCAGUUUAUGAACUCUGUGGGUUUUUUUUUAACUAUGCAUUCAGUGAACUCUUGCCUGAACAUGCCUCGGGGCAGUUUGUUGAGCUGAAUUCCACAGCUGCCGUUGCUGGGGAAAGGUGUUUGAUAUGAUUAGUGCAAAGCCAACUAGACUGAAGUCAAGGGAGCUCAGCUUUGAUGAUCUCAACCACAGGCCUGCUGGCAGGGAGAGAUGGUUUUGCCCCUCCGCAGCCUAUAGGGAGGACAAGCAUGACUGGGGCUCAGCAUUCGGCGCAGCGAAGAAUGGGCUUCUGCUCUCUGCAUCGACACGUGCAGGGAGCAGGGGCAGCACGAACUCUGCCAAGCCUUGAAGCACUUAUGAGCCGUGGGCUCCCAGAAGGGGUGAGGUCAGACUAUGUGAGAGUGCAUCUUAGGACUUCUGUAUUUGCAGCUCUGUAAUUCUCAAGUGUUUUACAAACUGUUGCUCAGAUUAACAAAUCCUCUGUGCCUUCUAUGUCCUUUGCUUUCCUGCCAUGUUGUCCCCAAAGGGGUUAAAUUAGAAACUCAGCCCAUAGCCUAGCUGGAGCUGUGGGGAGAGUCUUAUGGGGGAUAGAGAAGGUGCAACUGUGGGGCUCAAACACUGAUGUCGCAGGCUAGGGAGGUCAGAUAGCAACAUGCUGCAUCCCUGGACAUUAGCUAGGUACAAGCCUGGGGGGGUGUCCCUGGGUGCCAGAGCUAACACGGUGAUUAGACCUGGUCCGGACUCAUUGGAUGAACCCAUUGGCAACCAACUGGGGACCACAAAGCUGGAGAAGAGAAUUGGGCAGGCUGUACUAGCCACACUAGCAUUUUCACUACUGUUUUCUAUGCAUGGGAGCAGUGUUCAUGUAUCUCAAGCCUGGAGGGUGUCUGUAACUUAAUUGUCACAUUGAAUUAUCUAAUAUAUUUGAAUGCAAUGCAGUACUGAGCUGAAAUGUUAUCAAGGUUCUUGAAAAUUACAUGGGUUUAUCAUUUGUUUUCUAAAUAGUAGCCUCUAUUGAGGUAUAAUAGAUGCACUUUUGGGUGACAGCGCACCAAACUUUUUAAAUAUAUAAAUACAAGACGCAAGGAUAUUGAUAUAUCUUUUAAAUGAGUAAGGCUUUGGGAAAUGAAGUAACUUUCCUUUGAAAGCUAAUCAAGAUACACUUUCAAGUUUAUCAGCACUGGAACAUAUUAUUUCAUCCAACAUUUUUAUUUAAUUUAAAAAAUGUUAAAAAUAACAAGAAAAUAGGUGCAGUAUGUACCAACUCCACUUGGAUAGUUCUGUAGGAAGACAACUGUCCUGUGAUAUGUUCAUCUCACUGUUUUGGUUGGCUAACACAGGAGGAACCUGACUUUGUUCGCCAGAAGUGAAAUAAACUUCUACGCCAUUUUGAUGUAAUCUAGUUCAGCUUUUUUCACAUUUGGUAGUUUAACGUCUCAAGUUUAAGAACUCCGAUUUGCCAGUGACCAAUACACAUUCACAGCUAGGCGUCUAUCCAAUAUGCUUUUAUUCACAGGAAAACCACAAAUACAGAAAAAAAACCAGCUCUUUGUUUUACGUGAUUGUUUACAUCCUCAUCAUACUGUAUUCUUCAGCAGUAUAACGGUGGUAUUUUUUCUAUGGGUUAUACCAGAAUAAAUUAUUUGAGCACUGUUA